AUGUCAAAAUUUGUGAUUCCAACCGCUUUGAAGGAGUUAAGAUUCCACUUGUCUCAAACAGGUGAAGCCUCCGUUCCAUUAAGAAAUUUCUUGACAACUAACUAUGCUACUAUUAAGAAGGGAUCUCCAUCUUUACCAGUUUUAAUUAGAGAAGCUUACGGAGUUCCUCCAAGUGUUACUGCCAGAUUUGAAAAAGGUAGAGAAGUCAAGAGCAAUUUAGAAGGUUUGGAUGGUAAGGCCAUCGAGUCCUCUUUAAUAAGUUUAUUGAAGAACUAA